CCGACCUGAGCCGCCGGGCAGAGCCAGACGCCGCGACGCGCCUGCCGCCGCAGCCCCUAAACACAUGAGUGAGGAGGGCGAGAGGAUGGAGAUCGACGACCUCCUCUCCGAGAUCCUCCUCCGCCUCCCGCCGGAGCCAUCUUCCCUCCCGCGCGCUUCCCUCGUCUCCAAGCGCUGGCGCGGCCUGUCCCGCGACCCGGCCUUCCUCCGUCGCUUCCGCGCUCGGCACCGCUCCCACGCGCCCCUCCUCGGCGGCUUCUUCACCGACUACCCCACCCCCGCGCACCGCAACAACUUCGUUUCCUUCGUCCCGACGCUGGAUGCCCCCAACCGCGUCCGCUUCCCCUUCCCGGUCGCCGACUUCCCCUGCAUACUAUUCAGCUGUCGCCACGGCCUCGUGCUCGCCGCCUCGGAACACCGGCAAGGGUUCCUGGUUUGGGACCCCGUCACCGGCGACCAGCACCGCCUGGAAGAACCUCCGGGCCUCGACGCGAUGAACGGGGCCGUGCUUCGCACCGGAGAGGGCCAUUUCCGGGUCGUCUUGGUAGGCCACGACGAGCAUCACACGCAGGCGCUCGCCUGCGUUUACUCAUCGCAGACCCGUCAAUGGGGCGGUGUCAUCUCGGCACCGAUACCACCUGUUGUUUCUAUAGUGACGGAAAUUCCAGGUGUCCUGGUUGGGGAUUCCAUUUACUGGUUGUCUUCUAGGAAUCCGGAUCAUCCGACUCCCAUUCUUGAGUUCAAUUUGGGUACACUGAGCCUAGCCGCGAUACAGCUCCCGGUGAAUAUGUAUGGCCAGGGGAAUCACAGCCUCUGGGUUAUGAGGGCACAGGAUGAUGGGCUUGGAUUCCUCUUCCUGUGGGGCACCGACGCGCAACUAUGGAAGAGGACGAAGAAUGGCGGUGAUGAUGCUGCUAAUUCAUGGACGAUCGCAAAGACUAUUCAAAUGGACAAGCUACUGUCCUUGAACACAGAGGAGGAGAAAAGGAGCCUGUCGAUAGAAGGGCUUGUUGAAGACCGAAAUGUGGUGUUCUUCAGAACAGCUAUCGGUCACUUUAUGGUGCAUCUUGAGUCACUCUGGUCAUUGAGGUGCAAGGAACUUUCCGAAACCCACAUCAUACAUGUGUUUCAUCCAUUCUCAAGUGUCUACACAGCAGCAGAUAAUAGCACAUCUUCAUGAUGCAGUGAAAGAAGUAUCAGUCGAUCAGUUGAUGCUUAACGGAUUGCUAUGGUCGUGGAAGUUAGCCCUUCCAGAAUACUCCAGUCUGGUUCAUCACAUCAAGCUCCUCUCUUCCCCUACCAUGACCGGUCAGCAUCCCAUUUUCCACCUGUCAUGCCGACCACUUCUUCAAGUUGUUCCCGGGCGAGAUUGGCAUUGGAGCAAUUGGUGGGCUCCGGCCACCGGCCGUUGGUCGAUGCAACGUACUCCGGCUCGUUAGUUUACAUACUCCCUUAGGUAGUUGGAUACAUCGGCACAACACUACUUAGUGCCAUAGGGCAAACUAUAAUUAAAUUAACAUUUAUACUAAUUUUUUAUACUUAUUUUCAUUGAAUCAAAUCUUAUCAAUUAAUUAUUUUAAUAAAUUAGUUAAGAUAUAAUGAAAUUGCAAUGUUGUUAAUUUCAAUAAAAGUGUUACUUGUGAUAUAUACUUAUCCACUGUCUAUUGUUGGCAAAACAACAUGCACUUUUGAUGUAUCACCCAUUUAAAAGAUAUAGACACGAAACAGCCU